CUGAGGGAUGAAUUAGGAGGUGAUGAUGAUGAUCCAUAUUAUGACUCAUCAGAUGUAGAUAGUUUUGCUAGUGAAUCUGAUGUUGAACCUGUCAGUGAUGAUGAUGAAGUUGAAAGAGAGACUGAAAUGAGGCAAAGAAGAAAGAGUAAUAGGAUUGUGUAUGAUCCUGAUUGUGAAAAAGUUAUUUGGCAGGUUGGUGAAGUCUUUCAAAAUGUGAAAGAUUUCAUAGAAGCCUUGACCAACUAUGCAUUGAAAAAAGGUGUCCAGCUGGACAAGAAGAAGAAUGACACAAGGAGGGUUAGGGUUAAGUGCAAAGAAAGCUGUCCUUGGAUGAUAUAUGCUAGCAAGGAAGGUAGGAGUACAAACUUUAUAGUCAAGACAUACAAUCCUAGAUAUAAAUGUCAUAGGACCAACAUCAACUUCUUGUGCAAUUCCAAAUUUCUGUCCAAGCACUACAAUGAGAGGAUCACUUCUCAACCUACAAUUAAAGUGUGGGAAAUACAAGAUCUGGUUAGGCAUGAUUUUAGUAUUUAUGUGGGAAAGGCAAUCUGUUUGAAGACUAGGAAAAUUGUUUUGAAAGAAGUCAUGGGAGAUCAUAUUACUGAGUUUGGUAGGUUGUUUGACUACAGAGAUGUGCUGCUACAAACUAAUCUUGGCAGCACAUGUAUAGUGAAUGUAAUAGACAAGGAUGAUGGUAAAAAGGAGUUCAAAAAUUUCUAUAUUUGUUUUGUUGCUAUGAUGGUGGGGUUCAUGAAUGGUUGUAGGAAGUGUAUAGGCCUUGAUGGUUGUUUUCUCAAGUGGAUAUGCAAAGGGCAAUCAUUAGUAGCAGUUGCUAAAUAUGGAAAUAAUCAAAUGUUUCCAAUAGCAUGGGCUGUUACUGGGGCAGAGACAAAGGAUACAUGGAGAUGGUUUAUGAGAAUCCUCCAAAAUGGCCUACAACUUGGAGAUGGGACUGGGGUCACUAUAAUCAGUGACAUGUAAAAGGGACUGGUUAGUGCUGCUGAAGAAGUGUUUCCAGCUUGUGAGCACAGAAUGUGUGCUAGACAUAUUCUGUCAAACUAGGCACAAAAUUGGAGGGGUAUUGAGGGGAGGAAGAAAUUCUGGAAGUAUGUUAGAUCAACUUUUGAAUCUCAACUGAAAGCAAGACUGGAUGACUUACGUAAGUUGGGUAGAAACAUUGUUGAAGACCUUAUCUCAUAUAACAAAGAAAAAUGGUGCAAAGUGUACUUCAAGGAAUUUUCAAAAUGUGAUAGUGUUGAUAACAAUAUGUCAGAAAGUUUCAAUGCUUGGAUAUUGUCAGCUAGACACAAGACAAUUGUGUCAAUGCUAGAAGAAAUUAGAAUCAAGUCAUGAAUAGAUAGCUAAAAUGAGGGAUUUUGCGUAAACUUGGGUAGAUGGGGUAUCCCUAAUGGCAUUGAAAGUAUAUAAUGAAAAUGUUGAGAGGUCAAUGAACUGUUCAUUACAUUGGAAUGGAGACUUUCGGUUUGAAGUCAACGAGGGCUUAUGUAAUCAUAUCGUCCACUUGGCAAGGGAGUAUUGUAGUUGUAGGUCAUGGCAACUAAAAGGUAUUCUUUGUGCACAUGCCAUAGCAGCUAUGCACUAUAGGAGACUUGAUCCAGCUGAGACAAUUGUGCAUUGGUACAGAAAAGAGACCUAUCUGCAAGCUUAUUCCAACUUCAUAAAACCUGUUCCAAACAUGAUAAUGUGGCCAGAUAGUUCAAACCCAAAAAUAGAGCCUCCUGAAGUUAAAAAAAAUGCCUAUUAGGCCUAGAAGGUGUAGAAGAAAGGAGAUAUGAGAGGUGAAAAGGGCUGGAAAAUUGACAAAAAGGGGAAUAACAAUGACAUGCUCUAUUUGCAAGUCCAGUUCACAUAACAGAAGAGGAUGCCCUUUAAGGCUACCAACAUCAGCAACAGCACCAGCAGCAGCUACACCAACAUCAACAUCAGCCCCUUCCAGGAGAAGAUACUUAAUUCCACCGCUUUGACGAAAAGAAGGCCAAGAGGA